GGUCCCUUUUACCAUCGCAAGCGAAGACAAAGACAAAACGGACCAACUGAGACUUUUGAGGAUCGAGUUGCGACACGAGAAGGAAGGAGGAGGAGGCAGCGACGAAGAGAGAGAGAGAGAGAGAGAGAGAGAGAGGGGGGGGGAGAGACUUGGGGAGUCGUCAUGUCGGGGUGCGAUGUCGGUGACGCCAGCCGCGCCCAGUGGUGCCGCAACGGGGCGGCGGCGCAGCAGCUCAAGCUGGUGUCCAUCGGCAUCAUCCUGGUGACUAGCGCCGUCGGGAUCUCGUCGCCGGUGGUCCUCGCCCGCGUCUUCGAGGGGAAGCCCGCCUACGGCCGCGCCCUCCUCCUCAUCAAAUGCUUUGCUGCCGGCGUCGUCCUCUCUACCGCCCUCGUCCACGUCCUCCCCGAUGCCUUCGACGCCCUCGCCGACUGCCAGGUCGCCGCUCGCCAUCCCUGGCGCGACUUUCCCUUCUCUGGCCUCCUCACUCUUAUCGGCGCCCUCCUUGCCCUCCUCGUCGACGUCGUUGCCACCUCCCACGCUGUUGCCGGCUCCGCCGGCAAGCAGCAGUACCAGCCCGUCGAACUCGAGGAGGGCAAGCGGAAGCCCGCGGCGGCGUCGGUGUCGGCGGUGGCGAUGGGUGGGUGCCACGGGCACCACGGAGUAGCGGACGAGCAGGAGGGGGAGGAGGAGGAAGGGGAUCAGGGAAGCGAGGAGGAGAGGCUGGCGAAGCUGAAGCAGAGGAUGGUGUCGCAGGUGCUGGAGAUUGGGAUUGUGUUCCAUUCCGUGAUCAUCGGGGUGACGAUGGGGAUGUCGCAGAACCAGUGCGCAAUUAGGCCGCUUGUCGUAGCCCUUGCCUUCCACCAGAUCUUUGAAGGGUUGGGGCUCGGCGGAUGCAUCGCUCAGGCUGGAUUUGGCUUCGGAACAGUGGCUUACAUGUGCCUCAUGUUCUCAGUGACUACGCCAAUGGGGAUAAUAUUGGGAAUGAUUGUUUUCUAUAUGACUGGCUACGACGACAGCAACCCAAAUGCCCUGAUAUCAGAAGGAUUGCUAGGUUCUCUUUCUGCAGGCGUCCUAAUAUAUAUGGCACUUGUUGAUCUAAUAGCUGUAGAUUUCUUCCACAACAAGGCCAUGUCUUCGAGUUCUCAGUUGAAGAAGGCAUGUUAUGUGGCUUUAGUCCUUGGAUCUGCUUCGAUGUCUAUACUUGCACUUUGGGCUUAGAGCACUUGAGCAUAAAUCUAUGAUCCAACUUGUUUGUCUAUGUUAAUUACACAAUUUAUUGAUAUUUCACUUCCAGUGGAGGCUAUCUGAUGGCGAAAUGCGGGUACGUCAUCAUGGUUUCUUUA